GAAAUACCAACAUGUGAACACUUGUCUGAGUCACUUUACAUCAUUGCGUUUUGACAGGGUGUUGUGCCGACACGGUUCACCCAAGGGAAGGUAGCUGGCGAAAAACAAGAUAAAUUAUUCAAAAUGGAAGAGCAUUCAAAUAAGGUUGUAUAAUCAGCAGAAUAUGUUACAGGCAUCAUUAAAAUGACAAGCUACCAUAUACACUGGUCUACAUACAUAUGUAUCUACAUAAGCAUGCGCAUUUGAAUAUGAUUCUGUAAUUUUACAAAAAUGUCAUCAAUCUCAUAGAUUAAGCAUAUGAAGUCAUUGGAUUUAUCAUAGUCCCGUAAAUUAAUUAAUUUACAUUCAGGUUUACAGACGACAACAGCUGUCUUAACACAACAAAAUGAUAAGCCACAGAAUGGCGACAUCCUUUACUCAGCUUCGACCCUGCGGUAUUGGCAACCUAAAUCUUCCUACGCAUUCGUUGAGCUCUUCCUCAUUUUCCGUACGUAUUUAUGUAUAUAAAGAAACCUUUAAUGUGUCGGCCCGGUCAGUAUGUCAAAGUACCGACGAAUGGUGGAUGAAAGCAACAACAGUUUAAAAAUUUAAUAUGAAUAAAUAACGCAGAACUGCCGAUGCCACGAUAAGACUUUCCCAAAAUCCAAUCAAGAUAAACAUCAUUUAAUCAGUAGCGUACCGUUUACCUUUUCGGUUUGGUGACAGACAAACAGCAACUGAAUUUUGUGGCAAGCAAAAAAAAUGUAUUAAACCACUGAGUAAAAAUAUACAUAUUUUAUUCAUUUGAGUUCUGUGUUUGCGCUUCGGUACUGGUGUUGGACAUGGUAGUGAUAUGGUGGUGUAUCUUUCGGAGCGUUGUGGCUGACAGCAUAUCACUACCUUGACACGUGCGUAAUCGCAGCAAAUAAAAAAAAAAUCAAAAAUAAAAUAAAAACAUAACCGAAAUCAGACAGCAGCAUACUCGUACUUAAAUAGUGAACAAUUGAUACGUGUACAAUUGUACUUGUAUUCACACAAACGCAGAGGCGAUAUGCGUACAUAAAUAUGUAUGUCGCAAAUGCAGAUAUGUAUGUGUUUACAUAUUUAUACUAAAGCAGGUAUGCGUAGGUACUAUGUACGUAGAAGUAAAAAAUAUAACGAAGGAUAGCAGUAAAGCAGAAAUGUAAAAUAAAUUGUUGAUAUGCAAAUCGGCACAUCUGAUACAGACACAUCACAAAACUUUGGCGAAAUGAACAUUUUUGCAUUUCACAGGCACAGAAGUACUGUCGCAUUCUCGUAGCAUAAAAAAGGGAGAUUUUUAUACAUAUGUACACGCACACACCCUCAUACACAUGUAUUUAUGUAUGUACAUACAUGUAACACACCUGGAAAAUGGCGCUACUUUUCUUUUUAGGUGUGUGUGUGCGUUGUUCCACUCUGAUAAGAAUGCUUGCACUCACAGAAUACUCACAGCAGUGCUAAUAAAAAUAAUAGUCGUACCAACGACGCCAAGCUAAAACAAUGUUCAAGUGACAGUAGUAUCAAGAAUCAGCUUUAAGAGCUCCACUUGAAAGAAAUUUAACGAAUAUUUCUUUAGCUACCUAUGCAAAUCGUACUUGCAUGCCUGGAAAAAAAAUGUAUAUAGCUUUUGUAUACUUUUAUAUGUCACCCAUUUCAUUCUUUGUAUGCCCAUGGCUCCUUUUUGUUUUGAACAGAUCCAUCGCUUACUGAACAAACCGAUUUCCUGGGUACGUCUUCGCGAUGGCCAUAUACUUUCUGUGGACCAAGCAACUUUCAUUGCCGACCAGCGCUUUCAGUCUAUAUUUCAAGGCGAGGACGAUUACACCUGGUCACUGCAAAUCAAAUAUGUGCAGGACACCGACGAAGGCUGGUACGAGUGCCAAGUGUCCACUGAGCCAAAAAUUAGCGCAAAAGUUUAUUUGGGAGUAGUUGUACCACACACCGAGCUGAUUGGCGAUCAGAGCCGCUUCGUUAAAGCCGGCAGCAAGGUUGCACUACAUUGUAUAGUGCGCGACACACUUGAUCCGCCCACCUACAUCAUUUGGUUCCGCGAUAAGACACAAAUCACGAACGAUAAUAAAUUGGACUGGUACACAGAAAUCGACCGCACGAUUUUCGGCCACGCGGAUAGCAAUCGCAAUACUAUUGGCUCGUUGAUAAUACCGUUCGUAAGGAAAAAAGAUUCGGGCAACUACACCUGCCAACCGUCAAACAGUGCGCCCGUCUCUGUGGAUUUGCAUGUACUGAGCGGGGAAUAUUCUGCAUCGGCAAUAAUGUCGUCGGCGAGCUCCUACAGGGUAAGCGGUAAAUUUCCUGGCCGGCUUCUGUUUCUGCUAGCGCUGCUGGCCAUAUCAAAGGCGUGACUGGUUGUCAUUUUGACGUAAGUCAACUAGCUGGUAUUGACUUCGCUGUGAGCAGGCUAAGUGAAACAAAAUGAUUUGACUUGAGAAAGCAACUUGUAAAUAAUUAAGUUUUGCUAAUGCUACUUACUGGCUAAUGAGCGACGACGACCAACAAAAUCGAGCGAUUUGAAGUCAGUGCUGACGAGUAGAAUAUGAAACGAAUAUUUAGCGUAAUAAUUUCAUACCAAAAACUUAAGUGACUUUUUUAUUAACUGUUGAAACCAUCUUGCAUACAUACAUACAUUUAAGAUAAAGACGACGAAAGUGUGAAAACAAUGUUGUGAAACAUCAAUAAGUAGGAUAUCAAUAUAAUUAAUGUAAUUUAAGGCAAUUGAAUAUUCAUCAUACAUAGUGACUAAGUUUAACUGGGACAACCGAAGGUUGAAUCAAUCAAAACAUUUAACGUAAUUGCAUAAAAAAAAAUCGUAAACAAAUUUCGGCACAAAACCAUCCAAAUUAGAAGAAUAUUUGCCGAAGGUAACUAAAUUUAAAUAAAUUUUAUGUAAAUAUUAAAUAAAUUUAACGUAUAAAACUCUAAAAUAUUAAGUAAUAAAAAAUUUAACGCAUUAAUGUAUUCAGGUGAAAUCAAUGCAAAAUAAUCAAAACCAAACACUCAAUAGCAAGGCUAAAACAAAAUACAAUGCAAUAAAUAAAA